UUGAGAAAAGGAGUUUCUUUCGCAGGGUGACCUCAGCUCACCCACUCACAGUUCUGGUUAUCAAAUGCAGUCAGUGCCAUAAUGAUCCACAAGAAGGAAGUACAAAAAUAAAAAUUAAAAAAAGAAGAAAAAAAAGAAGAAGAUGGGAAAGAAGAGGUUUAGUGUCUGGUGAAGUCUAGAGAACCACAGGAAGACCAGGAGGGUGGAUGAAAGAUUUACAACCAUGAUUGUGGUUUUUCUGCUCUUCGUACUUUCAGGUAAGCCAGCAGAGGGUCAGAUUCCCUUGGACGUGUGCUCCACCUGCCAUGCUAACGCCACGUGUGACGACAAGUCAGAUGGCUCCGGCAAAGUUUGUAACUGCAAGUACGGCUUUGUUGGAAAUGGAAGAACCUUCUGUCAAGACAAAGAUGAGUGUCAGAUAGGAGCCAAUAAGAUCUGUGGGCUGCACACCACUUGCCACAACACCUAUGGCAGCUACUACUGUACUUGUUUAGCCGGCUACAGCCCUUCUAACAACAUGGCUGUCUUCAUCCCAAAUGAUGGAACCCACUGCCAGGACAUUGAUGAGUGCAGGAUAACAGGGCAGUGUGGAGAGGGAGCUCAAUGCAGGAACCUUAAUGGCAGUUUUGACUGCAGCUGCCAGGUUGGAUACAAAAUCCACAAUGGAGUAGAACCCUUUCACCCGCUGAGAGACAAAGCUUCCUGCAAAGUUGUUGACUGUGGCCAGCCUGCAUCAGUGGAGGACGCGAUGCUGCUGUCAGCCACAGGAACCACAUAUGGUAAUGUGGCCACAUUCAUCUGUGAUGAAGGCUUUGUGUGGAGGAGGGGAGACAACAGGUCUGUUUGUGGUGCUGAGGGACUCUGGAGCAAAACUAACAUGGUCUGUGAAGCUAAAUGUGGCCCGGUUCCUUUUCUUGCCAACUCAGAGGUAGUGUUGCAUAACCGAAGUGUUGUGAUCCACCGCUGUAUGGCAGGAUAUCACAGCUGGAGGGGAAGCAACAUCUCAGUGUGUGCCAGCUCUGGGGUGUGGCAGAAAGCUACUCUGAGAUGCAUAAAAAUCAAGCCAUCUAUCCAUCACCUACUUAUUUUUAAUGAAAGUUGCCUGCGGUGGAAAGCAGAAAAGUAUGAGGAGGACACAGAGGUUUACAAGGUGACUUACACUGGAUCCAGGGACUACCAGAGGUACUUUUAUGACAAAAGGAAGAAAUUUCUGAGCUCCAAAGCUGACCGGCUGGAGCUCUGCCUCAGCCUGCUUCCAGUCACAAACUACAGCAUCGCUGUCACUGCAACAUCUGCCAGGUUCACAGCCACCAUCACCAUAAGCACUAGCUUACCAGUACCUCCAGGACCAGUUGUCUACUACAGAGAAUUUGACACUCCUUUACCAGUUUUGAGUCUAUGGAGAUCACCCAACACACUGGACCCAAUAAGUUUGUACCAAGUGUUUGUGCUUCCUGGAGAGGGGAUUAUGAUGUUUAACUGUUCCUGUCCUGCAAAGGCAACGCCUCCAAGCAAAGUAAAUUCACCAGCAGAGUACAUCACUGCUCAGUUUGAUGUCCAUUAUGUUGGGACAGAGAUGAAUUUUACUAUAGGGGAUGGACUGCUCUAUGGAGGCUUUUAUAAUGCACCACUGGAAAGUGGCAAGAACUAUUACAUCAUUUUACGAGCUGUCAGUCAGUGGAAAACGGCCUUUAAAAGUUCUUGUGUCCUGUGGGCUAGAGUGAGAGCCAUAUCAUAUGCUCUGAGGGUUUCAUUGCUGUCUGCUGUAGCUACUAUUGGAGUGGUUGCCGUGGUUUUUUGGGGAGGCUACAGCAUCACCUGGUAUGGAAAAUGGUACACACACUUCAUUACAUUUCAUUUCCACACUCUAAAUGUAAUUUUAUGUCUAAGUAGCUACACUGAUCUGUCAGUACAUUAAUAGAAUGAUCUAUAGUUAUUAUAGUGGUUUUAGAUCUUCAGAUAUCAGACAUAUUAUCACCAGAUAUUUCUGCUUCAGUCUUAUUAAACUACAAAUGAUAGUAAAUGCAAUUAAAUUCUGAAAACUAUAUAGUAAAGUCGUCAGUUUCCUUUUUUAUGGAAAGCUACAUUAUAGAAUUGUGUACACUUUACUAAUAAACAACCUCUGAACAAGUUCAGUUAAACACCACACUGGACUUUAA